AUGCAAAGAGCUGCUAAACGUUGUGCUGGUGGAGGUGUUGCACUUUCUAUUUCAAAUGCUUGCGGUGCUGCUGCCUAUGCUGCCUGUGCUGCCUGCGCUGCCUGCGCUGUCGCUGCUUGCGCUGCCGGUGCUGGCGCCGCUUGCGUUGCCGCUGCCGCUUCCACCGCUGCCGCUUCUACUGGUUGCGCUGCUUGCGCUGCCGUUCCAUGGAUUAAGAAACAAAAUGGAAGUAAAGACAGAGAAGAAAUGAGAGAACAGAGAAGCAACAAGUGCUGGUUCUGCCACCCAGAAUUGUAUCGUGUUGUUGCUGCUGCAUGUUUUGCAACCACCCAGAUGCGACAAAGAACAUCGCUGCUGCAGGUUCUGCCACCAGAAGAUAAAGCACACUCGUAUGAUGGUUUUGCAAGCACCAAGGGCAAGAUGGUUCUGCCACGCACAGUCCUGAUGGAACAGUUAAAGAAAGGGGAACAACUUGCACUGCCAGAGAUAGAUGCAAAGAGCUGCUCGGGAGGAACAUCAACAUGGUGGGGGGUUUCCGAAGGUGUUGCACUUUCUAUUUCAAAUGCUUGCGGUGCUGCUGCCUAUGCUGCCUGUGCUGCCUGCGCUGCCUGCGCUGUCGCUGCUUGCGCUGCCGGUGCUGGCGCCGCUUGCGUUGCCGCUGCCGCUUCCACCGCUGCCGCUUCUACUGGUUGCGCUGCUUGCGCUGCCGUUCCAUGGAGUAGUUCUUCUUCUUCUUCGGCUUCGACAUGGGCUCUAAAUUGA